AUGUCGAUGGACCUUUCAGACUCAGCUCUUUCAUGGCGCAGCCCUGGCCGCGAGCUUAAUCAGCUGCAGUCUCGCAGCGGUGAGGGCGAUGAUCUGUCAUGGACAGGGGCCGACGCUCAUGAGAAACUGAACGUCAGCAGUCCACCUUGGUGGUCAUCACAGGACGAGUUCCAGCAAACUUUGUCUCAGCUUCGACGGACGCGAAGCUGUUCGCCCAAGAUAUCGCAAAGCUUCCACAGCUGUCCGGAAAGCUUGCAACGCUACCUCGAUGAAUCGUCGGCGUCGGCACGCCGUGAAAAGGAUCAGAACUCUUCGUUCAGUUCCCUCUGGCGUUUUGCGUUGUCAGCUGCGUCCACUAGUUGGAGUCCUGCUAAUUCGUUGAACAGUCCAUCGUUCAAGAGCGCCGUUUCGACGUCGUUUACUGUGGAUGAAGGAUACGGUGGCGUCGACAGCCGAAGGGGCAGUAUGCCAUUUGACACGCUGUCUGGUUCUCCUUUGUCUGUCAGUGGUAGCAAGUAUCGCCCCGCGGUCAGUUCCAGCUUUGAGUCCGACAGCAGUACCAUGUACAGCAAGAUAUUGCACGGAACGGUCACCAGAGUGAAGAGCGUCAGGCCGGUGGUGUGGACUAAAUUUCAACUGAAUGCAGAACGGCUGGACAUUUACGCGCAGAACCUGCGGUUCUGGAUAUCGAAGACUAUACUAAAGCCACUGGUCGCUGAGAUCGACAACGUCGACAUCAAGCUUAAGGAUCUGAGCAGAUCCAAUCUCACGUUAGGCGAAUGCACGUUAAGCGAUCUGCAACAUUUAUCCACCAGAGCUGACAUAUCUGCCUCUAUAUGCUUGUUGUGGCCGUACUUGGAGCUCUGUGUUCACCAGUCGUAUUUGGUGGCGCGGCUUCGUCAGCUGGCUGCGGAUUCGUGCAUCAGCUGUUUCAAAUGGGACUCAAGCUCGGUACCGAGAGGCAAGGCAUGGGACGAACACCUGCCGACGGAUACCGAGGUAGUGUUUCAUUGCUUCUGCACUUACAUGAAUACCCGGCUUCCUCCGAAUCCGCUCUACUUAGAUGGCAAGGCGUUCACUGACCGUUACGUCGUCCGUUUUGGCAAUAAACCACAGAUGAAUCGCUCAUUCCCUGUUCUGUAUCAGUCUUCAUUGAACCCUCCUCAUUUCGUUUUACUUUUCAAUGGCGAGCAGUAUGACGUCGGCAAAGGCAAAUACAACAUGUUCUUAACACUGAUACUAUUUUUGCAGAUUUUGAAGAUCAAGUCCAAUGGUUUUUUGGGAAGCGUUAGUUUGCACUCGUCCAGGUUAAACAUACUGUGGGUUUUGGACGAUGCAUAA